UGACACAGAGAGGAGACCAGCACUGUUUAUUAUUUAACACGAGAAUUUAACUGCUUUUUCGCUUCUCUAAACAAAAUUACCAUCAGUUUUGUAUACAAUAAAUUUACGACUGAGACAUCAAACCAUACAACAUGAGCCAUCACUCCUCAUGGAGAGGGCAUCAUUGUGCCCCUGAAGACAUUAACUGCACUGCAGGCUUUAAGGAGUCACUGGGCAGCAGGAGCUACAAGUUGCUCCAUGUGCCUUUCCAAGGGUCGACCCACAACCACCACCAUGAGCCUCCACACCCUUUCCCCACCGUGGAUGUUCCUGAUCAUGCCCACUACAUCAUCGGUUCUGUCAUCUUAAUAGUCGGCAUCACCGGAGUGAUUGGAAAUGCGCUGGUGAUCUACGUGUUCUGCCGGAGCCGUACUCUUCGAACCGCAGGGAACAUGUUUGUGGUGAACCUGGCAGUUGCUGAUUUCUUCAUGUCCCUCACCCAGUCGCCCGUGUUCUUCACAGCUAGUCUGCACAGGCGCUGGGUGUUUGGCGAGCGCUCUUGUGAGCUCUACGCCUUUUGCGGUGCUCUCUUUGGGAUCUGUUCCAUGAUGACUUUGACCGCCAUUGCUGGCGAUCGCUGCCUCGCCAUAACUCAGCCUCUCGCCCUCGUAGACAGAGUUAGCCGACGCAAAGCAGGCUUGGUGUUGGCCGUCUUGUGGCUCUACUCCUUGGGCUGGAGCCUUCCACCAUUCUUUGGCUGGAGCGCUUAUGUUCCAGAGGGUCUUCAGACUUCCUGUUCUUGGGACUAUAUGACAUUCACUCCAUCAGUGCGUGCAUACACCAUCCUCCUCUUCAUUUUUGUGUUCUUCAUCCCUCUAGGCAUUAUUGCCAGCUGCUAUUUUGGAAUUUUCCAAGCUAUCCGAGCUGCGGGGAAGGAAAUACAAGAGCUGAAUUGUGGGGAAACGCACAAGGUGUAUGAACGCAUGCAGAACGAGUGGAAGAUGGCGAAAGUCGCCCUCCUUGUCAUUUUGCUUUUUGUAAUAUCGUGGUCGCCUUACUCUGUGGUGGCCCUCACCGCCACUGCUGGCUAUUCCCAUCUCCUGACUCCCUACAUGAAUUCAGUACCUGCUGUGAUUGCUAAGGCCUCAGCCAUCCAUAAUCCCAUCAUUUACGCAAUUACGCAUCCGAAGUAUCGGGCGGCUAUUAGCCGUUACAUUCCGGUACUCCGCCUCAUCUUGCGCGUCAAAGAGAAAGAUCUUCGUUCUUCUUUUAGUUCCAGUAGUGUCAGUUCCCGUCGUCCAACCCUCACCAGCCAGUGCUCUCUGGGGGUUAGCAUUGGCAAUGGUGCGCGAGCUAACGGCCGCUGGGGGAAGACGCGCUUGUCUUCUGCUUCAGAUAGUGAUUCUUGCUGGACUGAGAGUGAGGCUGAUGGUUCCAGUGUUAAUUCCCUGAAAUUUGGUCGUCGUGUGUCCACGGAGAUCUCUACAGAUACUGUCAUUCUUUCACCAGGGUCAAGUACGAACAGCUCCAGUGGGCAGAAGCCGGAGAAGACACACAAAGUUGUAAGCGUACCAGUGCCAUCUAUUACAUUUGAAACAGAUGCAGCCGACGGCGAGUCUCUGUCUGAUGGGAAAGCUUUGCUGCUCGGGGGGAAAGUAAGGGAAUGAUGCAGCGUUUCAGAGUAACUUUGGUUGUAGUAAAUUGAGUAGUAGUUGCUUUGACCUAUUCUUUUUUAUUAUAAAUACUUAUUUAUAU